CUUUACUGCCUCGUAAACGCCAACGUCCAUCUUUACAGUAGGCAGAAAUCUCUAAAAUACGACGCCCUCGACAUUCAUAUAGGUAUAUCUUUGGUAGAAAGCGACAAGAAAUUCACUCCUUAUUCACAAGGUGGUGAUAAUUAUUGUUUUAGUUAAGUAAAAUGGCACAGAAUUGGGCUACGUUGUGCUGAAAUAACAAAACGAGUGGGGAAAAAAUAGCCUUCAAAGUGGAUAACAUUGGUUUUAAUCUAUGAAAAGAGUUAAUACUGUAUCACAGUGACCAUCACUUCCUAAUACUGAUUCAGUCUCCAUAUGUUGAAAAAUUCACCCUUGUUUGAUAGUUAAUGUGCCACCCGAUCUUAAUAUAAUGUAGCUUUUUCCGACAGUAAGCGAAGGCAGCAUUGGGCUUGGUUAUUCUUCAAUUGCUCGCAAAAUGCUGAAGGAAAAUAUAUUAUUUUGGCAUCUUUGUGGAGAACAAAACGUCCUUAAAAACUCUGUAUAACAAAUCCAAGCCAUAAUGGAUGAAGAGGCAAAAACACGAACAUGUCAUCUUUUGGAUUUGCCCUGGGAGGAUGUACUAAUUCCUCACAUUUUAUGCCAUUUGCCACUGCAACACAUUGUCAGCUUGCAGAGGGUGAGCAAGCAGUUCCAUAACCUCAUCCAGGUGUAUCUAGCCAACUGCAGGACAUUUGAUCUGUCCCCGGUUGGACCAUGCAUCCCCAAGGAGGCGUUUUGCUCCAUGUUAAAGGACAACAAAGUUCUCCAGAGCCUGUCACUUCAGAACUGUUCAGACUGGGUGACAGACCAGGAGCUGCUGCCAGUUAUCGGCCAGAACCAGCAUCUGCUGAGAGUGGACAUGAGCGGGUGUGCUUGGCUCACCCGCCACUCCCUGGUGGCUGUGUCAUUGAGCUGCAUGCACCUCCAGCACUUGGGCCUGGCACACUGUGAGUGGGUGGACAGCCUGUCCCUGCGCAGCCUGGCUGACCACUGCGGGGGGCUGCAGUCCAUCGACCUCACCGCCUGCCGCCAGCUCAAGGACGACGCCAUCUGCUACCUGGCCAAGAAGUGUUUGAAGUUGACGUCUCUAUCUUUGGCAGUCAAUGCCAAUGUUACUGACGAGUCGGUGGAGGAGGUGGCCAAGAACUGCAGGGGCCUGGAGCAGCUGGACCUGACAGGUUGCCUGCGGGUCAGGAACCAGUCCAUCAGGACGCUUGCAGAGUACUGCCCGAAGCUGCAGUCCCUGAAGGUGAAUCAUUGCCACAAUGUGACAGAAUCAAGCCUCGAUCCUCUACGAAAACGCAACGUAGUGAUUGAUGUUGAGCCACCUUUACAGAGGGCACUGGUACUUCUUCAGGAUGUGCUGGGUUUUGCUCCUUUUAUCAAUCUCCAGAUAUAGCUAAAGGGCCAUCUGUCUGUCCAACAAGUGCACACAGGUAGGUGUCUUCACAUCAGAGUCGAUCACCAUCAGCUGCAUCACAUGGGCAUGUGGAUUCUUCUGAGAAAUGUGAAGACAAUCCAAGAAGACAUGUAUGAGUUGCACUUAUGUUGGUGUGCCAAAAUAAUGUGGACAAAAAAAAAAAAAAACCUCACUUGAAUAUGAUCAAAGAUGCUUAUUUAAGAAGAAACUGAAAACAAUUCUCUUGCAUAUGACUGAUGAAAGCCAUGUACUUUUAAGAAUUGCUGCGUCAUGUUCAAAAGAUGUCACUGAACUUUUUCUUAAUCUUUCAGUGUUGUGAUAAAGUGACUUUUUUGAGGCGCAGUUCGAAGUACAGCAUUUUGUUUUGUUGGUUUUUAAACAAGGUUCUUUGUGUAUAUGACAUUGUAAGAAGCAGUUAUCUUAUGUUUCAUUUAGAAACAUUUAAAAAAUGUUUGAGUUUAAUUAAACAUUUUAUUCUGCAUGUAUGUGCCAACAUCAAUAUUCUGUCACUUAACACAGGUUGUGUCUGGCCAUUGGUUUUAUUUGUACAGGUUUUAUUGUCUCCACUACUGCUGAGACUUCUGCUGCCACCGCAGUACAAUAAAGGUGGAUGCAAUUGCUUUUGUGCUGUUGAUCGUCUGUCUUCCAGAAGCUCCUCGCUCCUCAGGAUCAUCCACAGACCUCACUGUCAUUAAAAAUGUUAAUUUCUUACUCUAUUAUUACUCUACUAUUACACCAAAACUAUGUUCAUUGCUGAAUCCCAUGAGGGUUAAUUGGAAAAUUGAAUUUUUGUGACGUUAGUGAAGCAACCCUUGCAAUCCAUAUUGUUAAUAAAUGCAUCCUAGUCUUUGAAAUAAG